AUGGGAUUAAGGGAGGGAUUAAGCUCCGACGGGACGGCAACGGGAACAGGGCAACGACAAAGGGACUUGACGGAAACAGAGCCUGCCGGAGAGAUGAGGCACCCUGGUUUGCUGGGUCGUGUCUUUUGGAUGGAACUUGCGCCGGCGACGGGGAGAGCCCUCCAGUUUCGAUCGGCGGCGUUUGGUUGGAUGAACGGCGGAGGGAUCGGCGGCGUGACUCGUCUUGCUCGUGCAGCAGGUGAGAGAGAUGCAAAAGGCGCUUUGCUUUAG